GGAAAGUGCAGCAUUGCAGCAGCCCGCCAAAACGAGCGAGCCCACUAAAAAGACCACUUUGGCUUCGCGCUUGCUCGGCAACUUGGCGAUGCCGCCCUGCUAGCUCCGCUCCCCAGUGCUGGUCUUACUUUUUCACUUGCUUCCCACGUUCGUCUCCCUCAACCCGCCAUCGAGCCCCCCUUCUGCGACGUACUCCUCUUCUUUUUGUUGCAGACUUGCUUCUUUCCUUCAUCGUCUUGUUUGGCCUGUUUGCGUGUUCUACUGUCGUCAAAGUACGGCUAUCGCCUGUGGUCAUUCUUUUUUUUCACGGUUGCUUGCAGGCAAUCCACACCACUGACCCUACCAUCAAGCGCCAGCACCAAUCUACACCUUCCGCCGCCGCAGACCGAAAUUUACUACGAGCGCGAUACUCUGCUAUCUGCACGGAUAUUCUACAAUCACGGAUACCUGCCCGUGACGAUCGGGGCAGAAGCCGCAUCCAAUUUCAACUUGCUCGUGCGACCCGGCGCAUCUACCGUGCACCACACAUCCCCCCAGUUCAUCGGGCCACUACAGCACCGUUAACGUCGCGCAAACACCAGGUAGCGCUGACCCAGUGGAUUAUUCGUCCGAUACAGGCAUCAGUAUCGAAUUAUAACGUGCCUGUAUACUUCGCUAGCGGCCUCAGCGUUAUUGUGCUGCCGCGUUCCAGUGUUCUUCACAAACAGCCGCGCUGUGACGGGUCGUCCCGCAACUGUUUGUAACAUAGAGCCAUAAAAGGUUCAAUUGGCAUCUAUUUAUUUCUAGCGCCAACGCUCUAUUUGACCAGUUAUCGACGCUAUGUGCUUCGGUAGUCGCAAAGAUGACAGCGGCGAAGCCCGCUCUCGCGAACUUGAUCGUGUUAUCAGACAAGAUGAGAAGAAGAUGUCAAAAGAGGUCAAGCUUCUACUGCUUGGAGCUGGUGAAUCUGGAAAAUCAACAAUUCUGAAGCAGAUGAAACUCAUAUAUUCAAAAGGUUUCAGCCAAAGCGAACGACUCGACUGGAAGCCUGUUGUUUUCAGCAAUAUUAUUCAGUCUUUCCGUACCAUCUCAGAAGCCAUGGGCGAACUCAAAUAUGAGUUUGACAAUGCAGAGAACGAAAAACAUAUGGCACAUAUCCUCGUUGAACAUGAGCUUAGUCCAGAGGACAAGCUGCCUAGAGAUUACUUGGAGCCGAUCAAGUCUUUGUGGGCAGAUAGUGGUGUGAAAUCUGCCAUUUCCAAAGGCAACGAAUACGCUCUUCACGACAAUCUUGCGUACUUUGUGGAGGCAAUCGAUAGAAUUUGGGCAGACGGUUAUGUUCCCGAUGACCAAGAUCUUCUGCGCUCGCGCUUGCGUACGACCGGUAUCACAGAAACCAUUUUUGACCUGGGACAACUGACAUAUCGCAUGUUUGAUGUUGGUGGUCAACGGUCGGAGCGCAAGAAAUGGAUACACUGCUUCGAAAACGUCAACUGUCUUAUGUUCCUGGUUGCCAUUAGUGGUUACGACCAAUGCCUUGUCGAAGAUAAGGAUGGUAACCAAAUGAACGAAGCAUUGAUGCUCUGGGAAUCGAUAGCAAACUCCCAUUGGUUCACAAAGUCAUCAAUGAUUCUCUUCUUGAACAAGAUGGACCUUUUCAGAAAAAAGCUGCCGCGCAGCCCAAUCACCAACUACGGUUUCACAGAUUAUCACGGCCCUGCCGAUGACGACAAGGCCGCCAGCAAAUACUUCCUUGACAAGUUCAAGGCUCUCAGCAGGAAUCCCGAAAAGGAAAUAUACGGUCACUUUACAAACGCGACGGACACGAACUUGCUCAAAAUUACGAUGGGAUCGGUGCAAGACAUGAUAAUACAACGCAACCUAAAACAGUUAAUACUAUGAUCAGGUGGAAACCUGGCCUAAUUGAAACGCAAAAGAUAUCCUUACAUUAUGUUCAACUAUACCUAUUACUUUUCAUCUAUCUACCCUGUUGAUCGGCGUGCACCUUCUCCAUUAGAACGACCUCUCCCUGUACGAAGCUCGUGGUUCUUGCAAUUUUACGGUUCUCGGAUCAAUUGUAAAUUACUGUUGAUAACGACAUGCUACACUUUGUCAAGCUGACCUACGACCGAUAUACAUGGCCAUGUUCGGUUCGCUCAAUGGUAUUCCCAGUAAGCUAACAUGCCAGCUUGCUGGUAACAUGGAUAUGAAGUUUUUCAUUAAUAUGACAUUCAUUAAUGCGAUAUCCCGUCGACUCUUCCGUCAUUAGCCGUUGUGUCAAACAGUACCACUGCAUUGGAUGCCAAUUCUUCGUAGACAUCACUUGCGAAAGGCGCUCGUCCGCGCCUGAAUAUUGUGGAUAUCUGAUAUCAAUUGAGAAGAUAGAAAUAAUGGGUUUAGCUUGAAGGCAUAAACGCUUAAAAAGCAUAUCGGUUACGUAUAUGGGUCUAAUUUGGAGUAAAUGAUGUAUCAAGAUUGUGAGUUUGCAUGGAGCGUGACACAGACCAGCACAGUGAUGAUUCUUGAGGCUCUAUAUUCAGGAAAGAUUAAGUGGUUUUAUGGUAUCAGAUCAUCGAAACGUGUCAGAGGGCCAUUUCUUUUAUGAAACGUAAAGCCCAUCGCCAAAACAGAAAUGCUUCAAGGACAAAGGGGAC